AUUCAUUCGUCAGUUGCCGAUUUAACCGAGAAGAAUUUUCAUCAUGAAAAUCUUGAAUCUUAUAGAUUGGGAAAUACGUCUUUGGUAUCGUUUGAUGCAAAAUAGAUAUUAUCGACGAUUUCAUAACUAUGUUUAUUGGCUUUAUCAUCACGAUGAACUAGUACGAAAAAAAUUGGAAUAUCAAAAGAAUGGCCAUGAAAUUUGUAUUCGUUAUACAUUUUUUCAGAUGAUUUUACCCGGUAUUAUGACCGCAAUUGUUAGUAUUGGUUGUGCAUUAUUUGUAUUAUCGCCGGAUGGUUUUAAUCCAUUUUUUCAAGCAUUGGGCAUAUUUUUUCCAUUAAAAGGACAAAAAUAUCUAUGCACUGUAAUGGGCAUUUGGUGUGCAAGUAUUACGGCUAUUAAGUUCUAUGAUCUAUAUACUGGAUUUCGACAAUAUGGAUUUUUAAAAAUUUUUCAUCUAAAACAACCAACUGGAUUGAAUGUUAAUCCUGAGCAAUUAAAAUGUUUGAGAUUAUAUCGUGACCGUUUGUUUUCAAUCACACGAAGUACAAUCAAUAUGAUCUAUGUAUUUGUUUUUAUUGCAUUCGGUUCAAUGGCUUUAUUUAAAUCAUGGAAAUAUUCACUUUUCGGUGCCAUAUUCUGGUAUUUGUCAUUAUUGAAUGCAGCUUUACAUGGUUGUGUUGUUUUAUAUCAUACACCGAUGAUUAUUGCUGUAUGUCAAUAUUAUCUUGAAUUGAAACAACGAGCGUUGGAUUCGAAAUUGGAAAAUUUUUACAAACGUUUGAUGUUAAUUCGACCAAAAUUGAAUAUGAAAUCUUUUCUCAUCAUACGAAUGAAUUAUGAAUUGACACAAAUCACAAAAGCAUAUGAUGAUUUGAUAAGGGAAAUUGCGACCACUAAUAACCAGGUAAAAUGGUUUAACACGAUGCUUUUUUUGUGUCUAAUUACGGCACAAACAUAUAUGACCAGUGUCUUAUUGUUGGUGGAAAUCCCGAUCCAAUUUUUAUUUCUUUUUACGGCAAAUUUAAUUGUUAAUGAUGUUUUGUUAACAAUUAUGUUACAUCGUAGUUCAAGGAUUGAUCGUCUCAAUAAGAAAUUCAUUCAUUUGAAACAAAAAUGUCUUUAUGUUUCAAGUUGUGAAAAGAAAAUUUUUACUGUUCGUAAUACUAUAAAGUGGACAUCAAUGUGUAGCACUAUGCUAUAUCAUCCAUUUGGUUUCACAUUGGCUAAUGGUCAAGUAUUCACAUCAGCUUCGUUUGUUAGUGUAAUCGCAAAUAUAAGUGCAUUUUUCUUCCUGUCUUCACAACAUAUUGCUUAAAUUCGAUCGAAUGUCAUAAAAAUUAUGGCGAUGCAAUGAAUUGAUCAACAU